AUGGACGUCGUGCACGAGCUCGCGGCGGCGCCGGAUUCGACGUACGGACCGUUCGUUGCCGUCGCCGCGGCGGUGUACGUCGGAUGGGUGUUCUACGACGGCGCGAGAGAGGUGGAGCGGCUCACGCGCGAGCUCGAGUCGAGAGGAUACGACGUGAGCGCGAUUAACAAGCUGAAGGAGCUCAGAUUCCUCAAGCGCGCGGUGGACGGGGGCGAUAAGGCGAUCAUUCAGGAAUCUUUGGAUAAGAUUUGGUUUUCCCGAGCGAAGACGAUCGCAGCGACGGGGGAUUUGAUGCAGGUGCGACGCAUGACGCAGUACUGGAAGACGCGCGGCGUCAAGGUGGAGCGACUCUCCGACCUGGACGUCCUCCAGGACUGGAUGGUGAACAAGUACAACAAGGCGUGA